AUAGUGUUGAAAACAUGGCUGAGGAGACAGUGUUAGCGGGCACGGGACUGGCACAGCGUGUACUGAUGUUACUCGGUAUUCGUAGUCUCUUCUACAAUGUUUUCUGUUUCUUGGACAAGACAUUGAGAUCAUGGUGGAUCACUGGCUGGCUGCCCUCCUGGUGCCCGACAUCUCAGAGCCAACUGAAAGAGGCAGAAGAGAAGAUGCUGCAGUACAUCACAAGCAAGUUCUGCAGGCAGUUUGUCCACAUAUCUGACAAAAACUUACUUUGGACAUUGAUAUUUAAGGGGCCAAGAGAAAAUAAGACCCCUCUGGUGCUGCUGCAUGGAUUUGGGGGUGGUGUGGGACUCUGGGCACUGAACCUGGACUCUCUCUCUCAGCAGAGGUCCGUUUAUGCCUUCGACCUGCUGGGAUUUGGCCAGAGCAGCAGACAUCACUUCAAUACGGAUUCACAGGAGGCUGAACUCCAGUUUGUGGAGUCCAUUGAGCAGUGGAGGGAGAAACUGGGUCUGGAAAGUAUGAUUAUGUUAGGCCAUAACUUAGGAGGAUAUGUGGCUACAUCCCACGAAAUCACAUGCCCAACCAGAGUAAAGCACCUGCUUCUGGUGGAACCGUGGGGUUUUCCAGAGCGUCCUGACUCAGGAGACCAAGAUAGACCCAUUCCUGUGUGGAUCAAAGCUAUAGGGGCAAUGCUGAGCCCAUUCAACCCUCUCGCUGGUCUCAGAUUGGCUGGGCCUUUAGGUCCCACUCUUGUGCAGACUCUGAGACCAGACUUCAAAAAGAAAUUUGCAGCUAUAUUUAAUGACAACAGAGUGACAGAAUAUAUUUACCAUCUUAAUGUCCAAAGUCCAAGAGGUGAAACAGCCUUUAAAAACAUGACCAUUCCGUAUGGCUGGGCAAAGAUGCCCAUGCUGCAGAGAAUUGGCCUGAUUCACAGCGACAUCCCCAUUACGGUGAUCUAUGGCUCACGCUCCAGCAUAGAUGGCCACUCCGGCAAUUCAAUCAAAGAAAUGAGGCCAAACUCCCAUGUAGAGAUCAUUGCCAUACGAGGUGCAGGACACUAUGUGUAUGCUGACCAGCCAGAGGAUUUUAAUCAGAAGAUACUUCAUGUCUGUGAAACAAUAAGCUGAAGAGUGGUGAUGAAGGUACUUCCUGUCAGGACCUCUUCAAAAGUGGCUUUCUGCAGAACUGUGUAUCUCAACAUUAGCUUGUGCAUGUCAGUGGAUUAUCUUCACUGCAUCCUAAUUUUGGACCUGAGAGUUUGGUUUGAAAACCAGAUGUUUGAUUUGCACCACUGCUGACUUUUUACUACUGUUUGCAUGUCACAUAAUUCUG